AUGAGUGAUAUAUUAGUAAUCACUUAAGAGUUAAUCAAUGAUGUUGACAGGUAAUUAUCGAUAAUUUAUAUCUAGAACUAUCAAUUACUUUACAGUAAGCGAUCUAAGAAGAAAGAAUAAAUUCAUAUAUCAAUAUUUGUCUGAUUAUUACUUAAAAUAAAAAAUUCCAUUUGAAAAAGUAAUUUAAUUCUUUAGAAAUAUCUAAGUAAUCAAAAUUAAUUUAUCAUUAGUAAAAUGAAGCCUCCUUUACAAUUCUUUUAGAAAAUCUUUAUCUGUGUACUAUGGUCAUUUAAUAAUCAUCUGACUCAAGGAAACUUUUAAUCUAAUUAAUGCAAAGUUUGGCGGAAAGAUUAACAUAAACUUAAAAAUAAAUCUUUUUUGACAAUUUUGAUGAAGAAGUCUUAUGGGAAUGCGGAUUUGUUUAGUAGGAUACAUUCUCUUAAAGAAAGAGAAAAAUUAAUACAGAUAUCAAUUUUUGCUAAAAUAAAUUUUGGUCUAUGAAGGAUGAAAAUGAAGGUUAUUGCAAAUUAAUGGUUGAAAUUUUAGAUGCAUCAAAACACACUGACAUCUAUGAUGAAGAAAUUUAAUAAAGAAUUGAAAAUAUUAUUCAUUUAAUUGGAUAUUUUGAUUUGGAUCCAGAUAGAGUUGUAGAUAUAAUUAUUCAAAGUUGGAUAGAAUAUCCAUAUAGUUUGUCAUAUGUAAAAAUUCUUAAACAAUUUAAAUGCAUCUCUGUUUGUUAAUUUUUAGGCAAAAGAUUUGAAUCAAUAGUUUAAACACUCUCUAACAAUAAUAAUAUUAGUAUUUUAAUGACUAAGAUGGCUAAUGCAGCAUAGAUUAUGUAAACAGAUUAGAAAAUCCCUGAUCAUAAAUUAAUCAUCAUAACAGCAACUGCAUUAAAAUAUAAAUUAUUUGAACUUGGAAAUAUUUGGAAAUAUUUGUAACCUAAUGAUUAAGAUUUUUCAAAAAUCUUUGAAGACUUAGCAGAAGAUAGUUAUAAAUAUUAUAAGUCUUUUGAUUAAGUUAUGCAAAUAGAAGAAGUGAGAGAUUAAAGAAAUAAUAAUGAUUAAUCAGAAAAAUUGAAGAAGGAUUUAUUUGGACAAUAAUUAUGUAAUUAAAAUUAUUUAAAUAGAUAAUUAAAAAUUAUGGUUAAUGUAAGGAUUAAUUCACAUUAAUGCUUUUAACAUAUUUUAAGAGUUAUAUAAAUCUUUUGAAGGAAUAGUAGACUUUACAAUAUUUUUACCUAUAAAAAGAAGUUUGGCUGAUUUGAUUGAAUGGAUGAUCGAUCCAUUGCAUGAUUAAUUUUAUAUAAAAACACUUUUUAAGAGUAGAUCUAGAGAAUAAAAAAAAGUAAAUUAUAUUCGUUUAAAUGAAAUAGUUUGUAUAUGAUCCAAAUUGUACUACAGCAUUUUAAAUUAAAUAAUUAACAGUAAUUGAUGAAGAUGCAAUUUCAAUAUUGAAUGAAAUUCUUACAAUAUUUUCUCCAUAUAUAGGUGAAUAUCCUUUAGUAUUUCAUAAAUUGUGUAGAGUAUUAAUUAAUUCAUAAAAUCCUGAUGUUUAACCAUUAAUCCUUGAUCAUUUGAUUCCAGCUCUAUAGAGUGGGGAUUGUUUACCAAUUGUAAUUGAAUUAUGGAAAUACUUGGGAUAGUUAGAUUUUCGAAAAAGAUUUGAUUGUUAUUCAAAAUGGAAAGACCUUCAUUAAUUCACUACAAUAAAUUAGACUAUAAGAGCAGCAUAAUUAACUAAAGAACAUAUUAGAAGUUUCUUCAAUAAAAUUGAUAAAGAUAAUAAAGAUAAAAUGAUGAUUAAAUUUGCUAAACUAUCACACAAUUAACCAAUGAUUGUAAUGAAUGUUUUAAGGAGAAAUAGAUUAGAUAUUUCAGAUAAUAAUUCAGUUAUUGUUCAUACUUUAGGGUUAUCAACCCCAUUAUCUUUGGAUGUAUUAUAAUUUAUAAUAAUUCAAUGGCUGUGUGAUUUUAAUGAUGAAUCUAAAGUUAGAGACAAAGAUAUUGAAUGUCGAUAUUGGUUUAAAAAUAUUGCAUAAUUCAUUGCAAGUGUAUUAAGAAAAUACUAUACAACUGAUAUGUAAGGAUUGUUUGCAUAUUUGAUUGAUGUUUUUUCAACUGACUAGAGCAAUCCAUCAAUCUCGAAGAAUGAAUCUAUAAUUAAACCUGAAAUUUUAAUUUUAAGGGAAUUGAUUGAAAAAAUGACAGGAAUAGUUCAUAUAGAGGAUCUUACACCUUAACAAAUCUAAGCUUUGGCAGGAGGAAGAUAUAUCUAACUUGAAACUACUUCAUAAACUAAUGAAUUUAGAAGAUCAAGAAAAAGUUCAAGUGCUUUAGAAUAAUUCUUUUGGUCAUAAACCAUUAAUUCUCAAAGAAUUUUGAAUCAAAAUAAUUAAGAGGAAGUAGUUUCAUUAGCUUUUUUGAUGUUAGUAGUACUCUGUUAAUAGAGGUCUAGAUUCAUCUUAAAUUAUCAUAAUUAAAAUUUGAAACCUUUGGUAGCAUUGUAUGAUAAUUUUACGUGUAGUAUUAAUUAACUUACUAAAUGUUUAUUGUUUUAAACAGACAAACCUACUCAUUAUGCUUAACUAUUUCCAGAGAAUCCACUUGAAAGAAUGGUCAUUGAUUUCAAGUUGCCUUUUGAAAUCGCUUUUCAUAUUGUUAGAUAUAGCUAUAAAAGCUUGUAUAAUAUGAGUGAAGAGGAAUUUUAAGAAGAAGUAGAAAAUAUCAAAAGUAUAUAUGACAAAAUAGAUCCGAAAGUUAUGUGUUUAAAUCCAGACAUAAACAAUUAGUAAGUUCCCUAAUUGCCUUUGAUAUGCCAUACUUAUGUGAAAGACAUUUUGUGGACAAUUAUUAAUCCUGAAUUGUUUGCAAUAUUUUGGCUGUUAAGUUUGGAUAAUAUUUAUGUGCCAUAAGCUAUUUAUGAUUAAUAACUAAAAUGGUUGUAAGAAACAAUCAAUAAAACUUUUGAUUCUAAAGAUAGGCAAAGCAAAUAACAAUAAAAAGCAUUUGAUAAAUUAUAGAAUGAAUUAGACAAUAAUAAAAAACGAUAAGAGUAAUUUGAUAAAUGUUUGGGAGAUAAGAAAUAAGUUUUCAGUUUUAAAGAAGCUGAUUAGGCGAAAGAAAAUUAUCAUAUCAAAUUUGCUUAAUGUUUAUCUUAAGUUUGUUUAUUACCAAGGAUAUUAAUAGAUCCAGCAGAAGCAAUAUAUUGUGCAAAGUUUGUUCAAAAAAUGUUAACAAUUGGUAAACCUAGAUAUACCUACACCUUCUAUGUACCUAAAGAAAUUAUAUAUUUCACAUUUACGUAUUUAUAAUGUGCAACUGAAGAAGAAGCAUCGAAUUUGAGUAUUUUUAUGUAGUAACUGAUUAUACCGUAUGCUAAUUGGAACGAUGAAACUAAGUUUAAGAAUGACCUGAAAAACUAUUUUGACACAUCUAUUGAAGGUUACGAUAGAGAAAAAUCGUAUAUAAUUUAAAAUAUAUUUUUCAAAAUUGCCUAGUUCAUCAGAAUUUUGAAAAACAAUGAGACAUAGGUAAUUAUAAGUAAUUAUAGAUUAGGUUCGAAAUGCCUUAAUAUUUUUGAAGAGAGUCCAAGAUAUAUUUCCUCCGACUUAGUAAGUUGCUGAAAUUAUCAAAAACUAUCUAUAAGAUGUGGAGAAGGAUUAUGGUCAUAUUCAAGACAUUAAAACCUAGAUUAAGAAUUUUCAUAUAGAAGAUAAAAUCAAUACUCUACCAGUUUAUGCUCCAAAGACAAAUGUAAAUAGCUAAAAUCACGAUUCGAAGAAGUAGGCGCCAAAUAAUGAAAAAAUAAAAGCAGUUGGAAAAGCAGUUGAUGGUGAACAUGAAGAUUAUAAUCACAAAGAUCAUUCAGAAGAGAGAAGAAACCAUGGUAAUAAAACUGAAGUUAGACAAGUUCCUAAAAAAAAGAAAAGUCACGAUAAAGAAAGACCUCCAAAGAGAUAAGAUAAAUCAUGAAUAAUUGAUAUUAUAUAUAAAAGUAAAAACCUUGAC